AUGACGCUGCUGGCCUUUGCGAUUCCAGCUAGCAUCGCCGCAGUGGGCCAGGUAUUGCUUGCAUGGGACUGGAGGAUUUGGCUGGUAAUCUUCAUCGUUGGCUCGGUUGUGUUGCAGCACAAGGGUCCAGUGUCUGCGGAGGAGCAAGCAUCGAAGGUGGCGAAGGCAGCGAAGCGACACCAGGAUGCCGGCGACUUCCAGGUGGCCUAUCUUCUUCUGACCCGCGGUCUCCGGCUGCUCGGUGUUUUUGAUAAUGGCACUGACACGCAGAAGACGGGACCGACUGCCCUGGAGCUGCGGCGCCGUCGUGCAGAGUUGUUGCUUGCCCGUGGCUUCACCGGGCCAUGCAUGCAAGAGGCACUUUCAUUCAGCGGACCUGCUGCCGGCUUGCUGCGAGCGCGCGCUCUGGCAAAGCAAGGCAAGUGGACCGAAGCUUUGGAAGCCAUGAAGGAGCCGGGAGUCAGAGACUACGCGCGUGACAACUACUCCGACAAGUUCUCGCUUCUGGUAGAGGUCGGUGCAAGGCACAUGGCCGGGCAGAUUGACGUGCCUAUGCUCAUGCGCGCUGCCAUCGCGAACAACCAUUAUGAGAUACCUGGCGAAGCCGGGCCUUUAAGGUAUCAGUCUCCGAAGCUGACCCGGGAAUGGAUUCCCGGGCGCGGUCGGGGCAUGAUUGCUUCAGAAGACAUCGCAGCAGGUGAACUUCUGAUUUGCGAGCGGCCAAUGGAUCUCGUUCGACCGGGAGACAGCGAUUGGGCUUACGGAGCAAAUUUGGAGGAAGUGCUGACGCGUCGCUUGACCGCAAGGUGCCUCCACGAGGCGCAGCUGAUGGAAGACGUUUGCACACUGUUUGACGGCCAGGAUCCUGCUGGUCCAGGUUGGGUGCCCCACUCCUGGCAGACCGAGGACUUUGCGGUGCCGAUGCCCAGGGGCGCCGGCACUCCGGUGCUGGAGUAUCGCCUGGGCAGAAUCGUCAAGCACAACGCCCAUCGUUGGCCCGGCUGCCAUCCACAGACGCUCACGCCCAUGCCUGGGCUGGGGCUUUGGCUCGUGCCGCCUAUGGUGAAUCACGCCUUAGAAUCUGACAGCAGGCCAAACACAGCCCACGUGUUUAUUGGAGAUGUCAUGGUGUUCCGAGCCAUCGCUCCAAUCAAGAAAGGGCAGGAAGUCCUUGAUCGCUACAGCACUCCUCUUGCCGACCGGUUCCAAUGGACCUUGCACACUUUGGCGGCUCAUGAGAUGCGCGAUGCUACCUAUGAGGCAGCCGCAGCUCGUUGGGAAGAGCCACCGCUUCUCGCGGACGGCACCAGCUCCGAACUGGCCUUGUCCAAGUCCCGCAAGAUCAUGCUGGAAAGUCUGCGCCGCAUGGAGAGCAAGGAGCCGGGGAACCGGGGUUUGGAUGCAGUCUCGCGGGACGAGUACCAGGAGCUCAAGGAUUCUUACUUUGCAGCCGCUGCUGAGACACGAAAGGAGCUGCAGGAGGGCCGACUCGAAGAGCUGCCCCUUGCGCCACCGGAGGUGCGUUGUCUCAACCUCCUUUGCCCCUUGAGCUUCCACUUCGAGGGUCGGAGCUCCUGCUUGGAGCUUCGCGCGGAGCUGGCGCGACGAGUCUCUUUAGCAAGGCCCUUCCACUUCGGCGAGGUGAAGCUGUGGGCAGAGCUUUUCGAACGUUUCAAGAAGAUGGAGGAGGCCGGUGCGACCUUCAGCGCGGAGGAGACCACCUUGCGAGCAGAGGUAGAUCGCGAGCUGGCGCGCUGUGCCGAAUUUUGGCAAGGUGUCGGUACUCUUCCAGCAAGUGGGAGUGAAGGACACCAGCUGAAAGAGGAGUUCGCGCUGUGGGUGAAGGGCUCGGAAGGCUUCCAUCUCAUGUGGUUCAGCGAUUUCCCGUUGAGCAAAUUUUUGAGUGGCCCGCCCACGAGCUAA